CGUUUACUGUGGCCUAUAAAGGGAAGAGUCCCUUACCUGUAGUGCACUGCCGAUGAAAAGGGAGAGAGACAAUGGACACCAUGGGAGAUCUUCACGGGGAUAACCCAAGGGCGAAUGAAAGCCUCAUGUCUCUGCGCCCCAUCCCGGACCCGGCCCGUUCCGCGCAGCCCUCGGGCCUGAGCCUGCCCGUAGAGAGGCACCUGAGCUGCCCCAUCUGCAAUGACCUGUUCUCGGAUCCCGUCACCACCUGCUGCGGCCACUCCUUCUGCAAGGCCUGCCUGAACCGCAACGCCAUGUACAGUGACAACAGCUGCCCGACCUGCAGGCAGCACCUCAGCCGCAUCCCCGAGGUCAACGUCGUGCUGCAGGGACUCCUGGAGGACCUGAACCAGGCCCGGCUGGAGGCCAGGGGCCAAACGGCUGAGGGUUCCGCCGGGAGGCCCCGAGAGGUGGUCUGCGACGUCUGUAUUGGGCCCGGGGCCCGCAGGGCCCUGAAGUCGUGCCUGGUGUGUCUGGUGUCGUACUGCCGGGCCCACCUCGAGGGCCACAACAGUAGGAACCGCCUGAGGGGCCACAGGAUGGUGGCGCCUGUGGAGAACCUGGACGACAGGGCCUGCCCGGAGCACGGGCGGCCCCUGGAGCUCUACUGCCGCGACAGCGACCGCUGCAUCUGCGUCCUCUGUGUGGAGGAGGGGCAGGACGUUGUUUCCGUGGAGACGGAGUGGGAGGAGAAAAGGGGCCAGCUGAACUACCUCGAGGUUACGUUUCAGGGGGGGAUUGCGAGACGGCAAAACAAUCUGCAGGAAAUCCGUUCCUCGAUCAGGGUUUCCCAGGAUCACUUACGUAGCGAGAGGAUGGAUAUCAACGGCAUUCUGUCAUCCCUCAUUUCAUACGUGGGGAACGCCACAAGACAUGCUCUCCUGCCCAUGGACGAGAGGAGUCAGGCGGUGGAGAGGCGGGCCGAGGAAUUGAAGGAGCAGCUCAACAAGGAGAUAGGGGAACUGCGGAAGAACAUCUCGGACCUGAGGCGCAUUUCUGACACAGAGGAUCAUAUUUACUUCCUACAGAAUUUUCCAUCCACCCAGGACCGAGAUGAGGAGAACAACCUAACAGAGAUAGCACUCGAUGCAUCCACCUCCUUCGGCACCUUCCGAAGUAUCAUAAAAAACCUGAUGGAUGAAAUUCUCGACAAACUGGAGUUAUUGACUCCAAUCGAACUGCAGAGGAUCGUGAAGUUUGCAGUGGACGUGAAGCUAGACCCCAGCACCGCUCACCCACGCUUAAUCAUAUCCGCUGACGGCAAGGAGGUACAAGAUGGCGGCGGGCUUCAGGUAGUACCCAUGGGUGCUCAGAGGUUCGACUUGUACUCAUCCGUCCUCGGCCGGAACCGACUGACAUCCGGCAAGGCCUACUGGCAGGUUGAGGUCGGCGACAAGUUGGGUUGGGAUCUAGGCGUAACGACGGUGACCUCUCAACGGAAAGGCAAGCUUGUGUUCCAGCCCGACGCCAACUACUGGGUGAUAACACAUUACGAUGGUGAGGGCUACGCGGCAAUGACGGCCCCGCCCAAAAAGCUGGCCCUCAUAGCCGAGCCCAAGAUGGUAGGCGUCUUCCUGGAUUACGAGGAGGGCCUUGUGUCCUUCUACGACCUGACGUCCUCCUCGCACAUAUUCUCGUUCACGCCGUGUGUAUUCAGUGGCGAACUCCGCCCCUAUUUCAGUCCCCAUAAUGAGUUGGAGGAAAGCCGGCCUCUGGUCAUCACUGCGGUGUAGGACCAGCUCUGGAAUGAUUACUAUGCUAGUGUAUACCAAAUAUACUGUAUAUGUAAACAUAGAAAAUACACAUGGGUGGGUUUCAAACUGUCUCCACCCACUAUGAACGUCCAGCCACCAUAAUAACUUUAAAACCCAUUUAAAGUUUGAGAAUAGGUUGAGAUCGUCCACGUCCACGUCCAGCCACCAUAAUAAUCCCCAACUGCUACCAAUGGGUAGCAGUUGGGGAUUAUUAUGGUGGCGGGACGUUCAUAUUCAAUGCAAAUAUUCAUAUUCAAUGCAAAAUAUAUAAAGAUGAGUUUCAUUAUUAUGUUUGAAGACCGAAUCCUGGAACAGUGUAACGAUGAAAAAUCCUGGAACAGUGUAACGAUGAAAAAUAUCCAUAGAGAAAUAACCACCACCUUUGUAAUGGUGAUGGGAAUGCGGUGUUUAUUAUAUAUUUUGGGUUCCGGGUCAUAAGCAGUGGUGGGUAAAGGCAUUUAAUCAUAUUGGACAUUUUAUUCUACAUCAACCCUUGUGGUCAAGCAAGGUCUGGGUUUGGUAGCAGUUGGGGAUUAUUAUGGUGGCGGGACGUUCAUAUUUAAUGCAAAUAUUCAUAUUCAAUGCAAAAUAUAUAAAGAUGAGUUUCAUUAUUAUGUUUGAAGCCCGAAACCUGGAAUAGUGUAACGAUGAAAAAUAUCCAUAGAGAAAUAACCACCACCUUUGUAAUGGUGAUGGGAAUGCGGUGCUUAUUAUAUUUUUGGGGUUCCGGGUCAUAAGCAGUGGUGGGUAAAGGCAUUUAAUCAUAUUGGAAAUGUUAUUCUACAUCAACCCUUGUGGUCAAGCAAGGUCUAGGUUCUUAAUAGCUUCAUAAUGACUUAAUGUCUUAUUGUUGGGAUAGGGAUUGUAAAACAUUGUUCAAUAUACAUUCCUGAUGCACGUAUUCACCUAAUGCAGUUUUCUAUGUCUAACGUGCAUCAAAUGUGACUUUGUAUACUUCAUUCUGUAAGUUUAUAGUAAAUCUGUUUUUUGGGAAUUUCCUUAAUAAAAUAAAUAUCAUUGAUUGUACAUCGUUUGUUGAGCUUCUAUCACAUCAGCCACAUUAAAUGAGCUUUAUAUGUUAGCUUUUAAACAUGUAACAAUCGAAUCAUGCAAGAAACGACAUCAGUAGAUUUUUUAAUAUUUUUUUAUCCAAGUAAAAUAUUGUUCUGAAAACAAACAGCAAUGUAUUCUGCAAUUUUUCAAGUAGUCUCCUACUUAAUUUAAGACCAUGUCCAGCUAUGUUUAGAAAAUAUUACUGUACUUUGUAUCUUCUCACUCCAUCUGGUCGUGAAUGAUGUGUUGGUUAACAGUAUUGGACUAAAUUAAGUUAUAGAGUUGAUGUGGGUUCUUCGACUGAACUUAGCUUGUAAUCAUAGGCCAGUUGGAUUGAUGUAGAAAACGAACAAAGGGCAUAAACGUAUGUGUACAUUUUAACCCGACACUUUAGCGGUAGAAGUUACCGAUUUUCCAGUGUCCCUUAAAAUA